UUUGUCAAAUCAUCCCUUGUAAUGUCAACCGCGUUCCGGUAAUCUCCUUAGCCGUACCCUUUCAACCGUUCCAUAUAUAAAAUGUCGCAAGCUCCCUGACCUUUCAUAUAUCCCAAUAAGCUUCUGAGUGUGUGUGUGUGACUGUGGUAGAAGAUCUCAAAGAUAUAUAUACAAGCAAAUCUGCAAAUUGUUAAGGACACAGAUUCAGCAUAUAAACACGUAUAGCGUCAAGUCUUGCCAUGGCUGAGGAGUUUCAAGCUGCUAUUUGUGGUGAAAGUUGGUGGAAUAUUAAUUCAACAAGAAGUGUGUUCCCUCUCAUGUCAUCAACAUGUUCCGUGGCAGCAGCUGAUGCAGGAAACUACAGCACUUGGCAAAGCACUGAUUUCGUGGAUUUGAAAGGAACGAGGUCUUGCGCUGAGGACAUUAAUAACUUCAUUUCUUCUGAUAAUUCUCUGAGUUUUCUUGAUGUUGAGAAGCCCCAGCAGAGGGACUCGGCUGGUGAAACUGGUAGCAUCCUCACCGAUUCCACCUUACAAAUGAUAGGUUUUGGCAUGUCAUCUUCAACUUCAUCGAAUUGGAAUCAAUCUUUAUUAGGGAGCGAUUUUCAUUCUGUGCUUCAAGGAGAAACAGGCAUGGAUGGCGGUUCUUCCCAUGAUUCACAAAUCCAGAAGGAUUGGAAUCCAAAGAAUUUCUCAUCUGCUGGUGGCCAAGGUUCCACCGUUGAUGCUUUCAAGUCAAUGAACCAAGAAUUUUCCUUGGAUCAGCAAAGUCUGAAUUCCGUUGUCACAAGCACCGGAUCAUUAUCUGGUGGUUUUCCAGUUGUUUCAGCCUCCUAUGGUUACCCUUCAACCUUGAUACAAGGCUUAUACGACCCUGAGCCUCAACCACAACCACAGAACUCACUUUUCACCAACCCCCCCAUGUCCUAUUCUUCAUCUACCGCAAACUAUGGGACAUGUUCCAAUGAACUGUCACCAACUUGGUCCAAAAUCUCUUCACUUCUCAAGCCCUCAACGCCAAAACAGCAGCUUAGUGGAUUGCACUUUUCCAACAACACUUCUUUCUGGAAUGGUUCAGCCGAAGCACUUCAUGACAUAAGAGCAGGUGUUUUUGCUUCCUCACAGGCACAAUAUCAAACGCCAAAAUUUGAAGAGAAAUCCAACAGCCCCAAUACUCUAUUAAACAAGCUCAAGAGAGAAGAAUCGCCAGACGCAACCUCAUCUGCUAAGAAAAGUUCUUCUGAGCCUGCAUUCAAGAGGCAAAGAAUUGAGACUCCAUCUCCAUUACCAACUUUUAAGGUAAGGAAGGAAAAGCUAGGGGACCGCAUCACUGCUCUUCAGCAAUUGGUUUCACCUUUUGGAAAGACGGACACAGCAUCCGUUCUUCACGAAGCCAUCGAGUACAUCAAGUUCCUUCAUGACCAAGUCAGUGUGUUAAGCACUCCAUAUAUUAAAAAUGGAGCUCCCAUUCAACACCAGCAGGAUUGUGAUAAUCUGAAGGAGUCAGAAGGGAGAAAACAAGAUCUGAGAAGCCGAGGGCUGUGUUUAGUACCGAUUUCGAGCACGUUCCCAGUGGCCAAUGAGAGCAGUGUGGAUUUCUGGACGCCAACAUUCGGAGGUGCAGUGAUUGGGAGGUAGAGAGCAUUGGAUUGGAGAAGUGGUGACCAUAUAAAAACUAUAUUUUAUGCGUGUAAAGUAAAGGAAAGAAGAAGAAGAAGAAGACACGAUUGUUAAAGAGAAAAUUAAAGGUGAAGAUAAGAAAAGAGAAAAAGGAAAGAAAAAGAAUGUGAGUGUUGAUUCAAAGAGGACACGUAAAGCAGACUGAUGUACGCUAGUAAAUGAUUAGAGACUACUGGAAGAGAAUAAUAGAUUAGCUAGAAAUAGUGUUUUAAUUAUUAAAGUCGAUGAGUGGCAGGAACAAGUGCUAAAUUCAGAGGCAUUUCACAUGUUUAGAUUACAGAGUUUUUGUUGCUGCUGUUCUUAGAGUCACUGUUAUAUGCCUGAAUUUAGCAGAUGGGGCUACCCAGAUAAACGCCUUUUGUUCCUGCUGAUCGAUGUAUAUCUAUCUAUAUAUCUAUAUAUAUUGAAUCUUUAAA